AUGGCAACUGCAACUUCUUCUACAACGACAAAUAAUAAUAAUAUUGCAGCUUCUCCAGAAACACCAUUUUAUUUUAAACAAGAACAAGAAGAAACAACAAUGUGGUUCUUCUAUCGUCACCAAUUCAUCAAAUUCGAUCUCAAAACCAUUCGUCUUUCUGCUUAUCGUAAAAGAAAGGCUGAUAAAAAUUAUAUUCCCCGUCCUAAAAAUUGUUUUAUGGCAUAUAGAGAACAUAUAAAAGAAAAAUUUUUGAUUGAAAAUCCUGGAAUUAAUAAUAAGGUAGUAUCGGUCCUUGCUGCUAAUAUGUGGAAUAAUGAACCUGAAGACGUUAAAGAGCAUUGGAGAGAACAAACCAAGCUUAAAGACUCUAUAACUAACGGUGCUACUGUUACUGCUACUACUACAAACAUAAACAUAAAUAACAUAACUACAAAUAUCAUCAGUAAUAAUUCUUCUAACACUACCAAUACCACUACUACAAAUGACACUACUUCUAUUACCAAUUGCCGUAAAAAGAAUGUUGUAGAUUCAAAGAUGAUUUUUGCUGAUGGUUUUAACAAUGAAAUAAUGUGUGGUGAUGAUAACAGCAAUAAUAAAGAUGACGUAAAACAAAAACAACCAAUUUAUUCUUUAGGUCUGGAAGGAAUUGCUACUGCUGAUGAUCAUGAAGAUAUCUAUUUACAGCAUUUACAGAAAAAAGCUAUUUUUGGUCAUUAUAGAUCAUCGUCUGUUGAUUCUUUAAGUUCUUGGACAAGCGAUUCCACCGUCUCAACCCCUUUACUUUCACCUUUUGCUGGCUCACCUGCAUCCUUGUCUCCUCCGACUUUUCAAUGUAACAAUAGCACAAUUUAUAACGAAAUUGAUCAAUUAAAUCAAUUGUAUACUCGUCAAAUUGAUGUUUGUUCUCGUGGUUCAUUACCGGUCGAUGAUGGAUUUGUUCUCGAUUCUUAUAAUAAUCAAAUCAUAAAGUCUGCUACUGUAACUGAUCCUUCUACCACCACCGCCACCACUUAUUAUCAAUCUUCACCUAUGGAAAUGUCUGCUACUGAUUAUGAAUUAAUGGCAAUGGGCCAUUUUGCUGAUUCUCCUAUUGAAGAACAUGCAGAUCAUUACUCUUAUGCUCUUGAAGGCCCACGUCGUCAUUCUCAACAGCUUUUAGCCGAAUUUGAAGAUGGUAUUAAACAACAACAAAUAAUGCUUCAUGGAUUGUUAAUUGACCCUAAUGCUCAAAAUCAUCAAUAA